UACUUAUUAUGUUGUUCAAUUAUGUCUCCUAGUGAUAUGUUGAAAUAAGCAGUAUUUCGCGUUUUACGCCUACGUGUAUCAGUGUGUUCAGUUUCGUUUUCUUGUGCAAGUUUAAAUUUGUAUGUGUGUGUUAUAUGUUUAUAUGUAUGUAUGCUUGUGUAUGAGAGUGGAGGAAGCUCCAAAGCCGCGGAAGUAACAAGAAAUACAAAUGAAAACGCAAAAAAUAUAUAGCAUAUGAAAAUUAAAGCAACUAACAUCGACGUCAGCUUUGAGCAAGUACGAAAAAACCGAAAGCAAAAUACCAGCUGGUGUGGACGAGGAUAAUGUCGAAUCAGGCACAGAUCGACUAUGACAGGCAAUUCCAAGAGGACUUGGCCAAGGCAACGGCGCUCAGUCUGGAGCAGCAGGCCCUCGAUGACUACAGGCGAAACAAGAAGUACGGCACUGGCUAUCAAACAGUCAAUGCCGAUUACUACACUCAACAGCAACAGCACCACCAACAACUACGAGGUCACAGUGUAGCUCAGCGACGACACUCGGAAGUGCAUCAGGCGAGCUCAUCCUUUAGCAGCGCGGGACGGUCGAGCACGCCGCCGGCUCAGACUAACAAUGGCAAUGGGGACAACGAUCUGAUCUGCUUUGCCAGUCCCACAAGUAAGCAGCCGACGUCAGAGAGCGGCAGCACCUUCGAGCGGCUAAUUGAGGAUCUACAACGUCUACAGACCAAUAAUUCCCAAACGGCGUUGGUGCCAGUGGGUCCGGUGGCGGCUGCAACGCCAAUGCCCGUGCAGUAUGCAACACCACCGUAUGGUGUGCCACCAAGUGGGGCAGGCGGCGUUGGCAUGCAGCUGGUGCCAUAUCAAGCGCCCACGCAACAGUCACAACAACGACCACUAAAUAACGAGGAACUGCAGCGGCUCUACAGCAUGUCAAACCAAUUGGCACUACAGCCAGUCGUCCCGGUCCAGCCUGCUGGCUUUGUGUACUAUCCAACUUUCUCUGCACCAGUUGUGCCCGGCUCGGCUGCCUAUAUGCCGCCACAGUAUCCAUCACAGGCUUAUGGCUAUGGCUUUGCGCUCAACAACGGUGGCAGCUCGCACGUGGAUUUUGCACGUCCACAUAGCACUCCAGCAACAGCAACAGCAGCAGCAAUACCAACUCCAGUACCAGCUUCCAGCCGUUCUGUUCCACAUUCCGGCGCUGCAACGCCAGCUGCAUUCAAUUUGAGACGAGCCACACCUCCAGUUGGCAGCUGCCCGUCCGUUGGACCCGCGUUGCCAGCUCAGCGCAGCGGUAACGAUUUGAUCGAUUUGAAGCAGGAUGACUAUGCCCGAGUCAGUGUUCUGGAAGCUUUUGAUCCGCUGCUGAAUGAAAAUUCUGGCAACGACGGCGCCUCCGACUGCACUUCCUACUACGCGGACUACGAUCCCUUUGACUUCCUCUAUAGCGGCGACAAUGGAACUCAGUACUCGGAUCCCAUGUACGAGGCGGUCAACCGAUGGGACAAGAGCGCCGUUAAUAGUGGCAGCGUUAGCUCCAUUGGCUGGCGACAGGAUUACCUCACUCAGCCCUCUCGUUCCCACUCAUCGUCACCCACAUGGACAACAGCAGCAGUUAUAGCUGCAGCUGCGACGACAUCGGCGCAAGCAACUGACAGACCUAACUCGGGCUCGAUAUCACCGCCACCGCCAUUGCCGCCACGCAAUCAACAGCUGUAUGAGACAGGCGCAAGAACUUCGACUAUUUCGACGACAUCGUCCAAGCCACAUCAACUGGCGCCGUUCACAGACAGCUAUACCAACAGCAUACCAGCCCACGUCGUCCUAGAUCGUCGGAAAAAUUUUACACGCCUCUACCAGCUAAUCAGCGAGCAACGCACGGAUGAUCCCGAGCUCUUAGAGUUCUAUCAUAUGGUGCGGGAUCUGCGAGGAAGCUAUAAACAUGGAGACAAAAAGACAAAUCUGGGACACAUAAUAGCCGCCGAGUUCAACUAUCAUUACAUGAUGGACACCAGCAUAAAGGUCAUUGUACAUCCGGCUACGAAUACGCUGCAGCCGCACGCUCUUUCCAAUUCAUUGGCUGGAGAACAGAUCAAGGGCUAUGGCACCCCAGUUACCUUCACCUGUGACAUUGACUCAGUUGUGGCUCAGGUGGUGGCGCAGGCGUUGGCCUCCCUCGAGGGACAGGUGCAGGGCACAGUCACAGACUAUGUGGUCAAGCCCAUUGGCUUGUUGGAGUGGCUGGCACCCACCUCAAGGCUAAGCCAGCUUGAGUGUGUGCAUAAUAGCUUCCAGUUGGAGAAGGAUGUGCAUUUGGGGUUGUGCUUGCGCACCACUGCUAAUAUGGAAGCCAUUGCUCGCACUGAACAGGACGACGACAAUGACGCAGAUCUGCAGCCGGAACAAGUGCUGCCCAACGAAGUGGUGGCUAUUGUUACCUACGACAACAUGAUGAUACUCAUUGAAACGCUUGAAACGGAAAUCGAUAAGCUCGAAUCGGCGGCAGACGGUGCACCAGCGGGCCGCACCGUCGUCAGCUGCUCGGGCGUAGUGCAAGCUGUGAAAGCUAUAUGUGCAUUGCUUGGAUCUAUUGACACGCUGGAGAUUGCGCGUUGCAUUUCUGACUUGAAGCGCAUAUGCGAGGAGGCCCAGACCAAGUAUGCAACCUUGGCGGUCUCUAACAAUCCAGAGAUUAUCAGUGACUAUGGCGAAUAUGCUCAAGUGACGCUACGACCUCGCUCCACGCUAGAACAAAUCAAAUUAAAGUGCAAUAGCUUGCGCGAUGCUGUCCAGGAGCUAAUUGAACUCUAUGCCAAUGUGUUCCGCGUUGCUUUCUCGGUGAAGACGCCGGACUUCGCCACAACGCCCAUACCCGUAUCGUGUGUGUCCAAGCCGAUUGUGGUGAGCAUCAAUUGCCUGCACAGACCGCCGCUAAACUGGAAAUACGACGAUUACUCACUUUGCGUGCAGCUUGUCUAUGGUACGCGCCUGUUGUCCAAACCAAACGUCUUAAGCUGUUCCAAUGAUACGACCGGCGGCCUGUUUCCACGGUUGAACUUCAGUGCUUGGUUAACCUUUGACCAGCAUCCAAUAUGCACGCUGCCACGAGAAGCGCGACUCACGUUUGUACUCUAUGGCAAACAGGCAGCUAGCGAGAAUGAGCCAAAUGCCGAGCCAAAUGGAGAAAGGAGACAGGUGACCACGGAGCUGGGUUGGUGUUCCAUUCAGCUUUUUGACUUUAAGCGUACCAUGAUCUGUGGUCCCUAUUUACUGUCCGUUUGGCCACCAACCACUGAUAAAAUGCUGGGACCAGCUCCAGCUCGUGGCUGUCAUCCUCACCCCGACUUCUGUCCAGUGCUUAGCAUUGAAAUACCUCCCUAUGGCGGUCGCAUAGAGUUUCCCGAGCAUCAGGAGGCGCCUAAGCAGGCACCGCACUAUGACUUUGCCUCGCUGGAUGCUAAUCUACAGGAAGAGUUGUUGAAUACAGCCGAGCUGGGCUAUUCAGGCGCAACGGAGCUCCGCGAGGUUUUCUGGGAAAAGCGGCUAUACUUGCAGAACUAUCCAAAUGCGUUGCCCAAGGUUUUACAUGCGGCACAUAGCUGGGAUUAUGCCAAUCUGAUUGACUUGCAUUCCUUGCUGCACUCCUGGGCGCCGUUGUCACCGCUGCAGGCAUUGGAGCUGCUGUUACCACGCUAUCCGGAUGCCAAAGUGCGCGAAAAAGCUGUCGAGUGGAUUUCAAAUAUGCCCAACGAUCAACUGGUAGACUUUUUGCCACAGCUAGUGCAAUCGUUGAAACACGAUACGUACGAGGCUUCCGCGCUUUCGCGUUUUCUACUCUCGAAGUGUUUGGAGUCGCCGCGCUUUGCCCACCACAUGUACUGGUUGCUGGUGCACAGUCUGCCCGAUGAUCCGCUCAACUCGAUUGGCGCCUCACUGGUGGAUCAGGACUACGACGAGUCGCAAAUCACACAGGCGCGUUACUAUCGCCGUAACAAAAUGAUGCUGCGCGCUCUCAUGGCCAUCUGUGGCGAGAAGCUGCUCAAACGUUUCAUGUAUCAGCAUCGCAUGUGUCAGAAUCUGUCCAAGAUUGCGGAGUCCGUUAAGGAAGCUAAGGAGUCGAUGCGUCAAAAGAGUCUGGUAGCAGGCAUGGAUGAAGUUCAUCAGGAUUUGCUAGAGAAGCCCACCUGCCUGCCACUGGGUCCUGAGCUAGAGGUAUCGGGUGUUAAUGUGCGCAACUGCAGCUACUUCAACUCCAAUACGCUGCCCCUGAAAAUCACAUUUGUGGGACCAGAUGCUGAGCCUCUACCAGCUAUUUUUAAGUGUGGAGAUGAUUUGCAACAGGAUAUGCUUACGAUCCAGCUGAUACGCAUCAUGAAUAAGAUGUGGUUGGCCGAACGCUUGGAUCUUAAGAUGGUAACAUUUAAUUGUGUGCCUACCGGGUACAAGCGCGGCAUGAUCGAACUAGUCUCAGAAGCCGAAACACUACGGAAAAUCCAAGUGGAAUGCGGUCUCACUGGCUCCUUCAAAGAUCGACCCAUUGCCGAAUGGCUAGGCAAACAGAAUCCAAGUCCGUUGGAAUAUCAAAGUGCAGUGCGCAAUUUUACACUAUCCUGCGCCGGCUACAGCGUGGCGACCUACGUGCUGGGGAUCUGUGAUCGACACAACGACAACAUAAUGCUUAAGACCUCAGGACAUUUGUUUCACAUUGAUUUUGGAAAGUUUUUGGGCGAUGCUCAAAUGUUCGGUAAUUUCAAAAGAGAUCGCACUCCUUUUGUGCUCACCUCGGAUAUGGCAUAUGUUAUCAAUGGGGGUGACAAACCGUCUACGGAUUUUCACUACUUCGUUGAUCUCUGCUGUCGUGCCUUCAACAUAGUCCGCAAGAACGCUGACCUGUUGCUGCAUACACUUGCGCACAUGGCCACAGCGGGAAUGCCUGGCGUGAAUUCAAAUGCGGUCACCUACGUGCGCCGUGCUCUGCUGCCUUCACAAUCGAAUCCCGAGGCGGCGGCCACAUUUGCCAAAAUGAUACAAUCCUCGUUAAAGAGUUGGUUCACACAAUUCAAUUUCUUUCUGCACAACUUGGCUCAGAUGCGCUUCAAUAACGACGAGGGCUCUGGCGAGCUUUUGUCCUUUGUACCUCGCAAAUACACCAUGCAGCAGGAUGGUCGGCUGAAAAUUGUCAAAGUAGUGCGCUUCCAGAAGCACUACAGCAUGGAGAAGUAUUAUAUGUACAUUCUGCAAGUAACUCGUCACGGUCAACUGGAUCCAACACAUCUGUUCCGCUCGUAUCGCGAGUUUACCGAGUUUCAUCAAAAGUUGUGCAUGCACUUUCCACUGGUCAAGCUCCAAAGCUUACCAACGGGUGUCCAUGUGGGUCGAUCGAACAUCAAAUCUGUUGCCGAGAAGCGUUUACCUCUGAUACAGCGUUUCUUGAAAUCACUAUUCGAUGCAGCUGAGGAAAUCGCGCACUCCGAUUUGGUAUACACAUUCUUUCAUCCGCUGUUGCGCGAUCAGCAGGAGGCCAAAUUGGAGAUGCCCAAGAUAAAAGAGGUCAAGCGUCAGCCCUCGCGGGAUAAUCAUAAUGAAAUUGGCCAGAUACGCCUUUCGCUGCAAUAUCAACGCGGCGUGUUAACUGUGAUGAUACACCACGCCAAAGGACUGCCCAUGCUGCAGGGCGGCCAAGAGCCAAACACCUAUGUCAAAUGCUACCUGAAACCGGAUCCAACGAAAGUGACCAAGCGCAAAACCAAAGUAGUGCGCAAAACUUGUGUGCCCAGCUUCAUGGAGACGUUGGAGUACCGCAUGCCUCUGGACAUUGUGCAACAGCGCAGGCUGCAGGUGACCAUCUGGUCACAUGAUACUUUGCAGGAGAACGAGUUGCUUGGCGGCUUUGAAUUGGACCUCUCCAAACAUGAUUUGCGUCAGGAGCUGUGCGACUGGCAUCGUUUGGGAUCGGUGCCUAGGAAUUGAAUAUUGUCUGCUGACGGUCACUAAACGACAAUCUGACCUAGUUUUAUACGCGCACACACUCACUCAACUACUCUCACACACACUUAUACACAUAUAUGUCAGUGCCUGUCUUUUCAAAGCAAUAAUACUUACAUACUCAACGUGAUUGUA